AGCCGGAGCCGGAGCCAGAGCCAGCUGCUCAGCUCCCUAACUAAAAAGCAGAAGAAGCAUCUAAGGGAUUUCGGCGAGGAGCAUCCCUUCUAUGACAGGGUUUCCAGAAAGGAAGCAAAACCACAGACUUGUCAACUGGCCUGGGCUGUGGAGACAGGGGAAGUACCAGGAAGGGGUGGACGACCCCGACCCAGCUAAAUGGAAGGCCCAGCUCUGCUGUGCGCUCAACAAGAGCAGGGAAUUCAACCUGAUGUACGACGGCACCAAGGAGGUGCCCAUGAACCCAGUGAAGAUAUAUCAAGUGUGUGACAUCCCCCAGCCCCAGGGCUCCAUCAUUAACCCAGGAUCCACUGGAUCUGCUCCUUGGGAUGAGAAAGAUAAUGAUGUGGAUGAAGAAGAUGAGGAAGAUGAGCUGGACCAGUCACAGCACCACAUUCCCAUCCAGGACACCUUCCCCUUCCUGAACAUCAAUGGAAAGAUGAGUUUAGAGGUUGGAGGGUCCCUGUGAGACAGAGCAGGUACUGCGUCUCCCAUGGCACGUUCUGAGGACGCUCAGCCACAAGGUGAACUGCUCUUCCACAGCAUCUUCACUUGAACUGUCCACUGACAUGCUCCUAGUCAUAUGACUUGCAUUCAGUUGAGUAGCUUUUCACUACUUUUCUAAGUUCCAUCUGGCUGCUAGGGUCAAAUGAGAUACUUUUGCCACCUAGAAAAUUUAGUAUAUCCAGAUGAUUCCUGUAGGAUUUUGGAGUCCCCUUCCCUAGGUGAUGCCCCUUCUUUUGAGAAUCAGGAAGUGACUCUUAUCUGUCUACUUGCCCUCCUUGACUUACCCUGUCAUUUAUAACCUUGCAACCAAGUGAUGAGUAAAGACAACGAUCAUAGAGCUCUCUCAGGUUAAUAUUGCCACAGCUACAUUCCCACUUGGUGCAAUUUUAAGAUUUGGACAUUUGGAAAUGUGAGAUCCUUUCCCAAAUCUUUGGCUCACUCAUUCUGUUAUUCUCACCCCUUAAAAGGAUGCAACCCAUUUCCAGGAUCAUGAUUUCCCUUUUUUUUUUUUCAUGUUUUU